GUAGGGAAUAUCAUCAAUGUGGUUGAUUUUGGCGCAAUAGUUUUUAUAUGUGCGAAUAGUAACACAUUUAACAUUGUAAAUAAACGUAGAAAUGGAAAAAUUGAAGUGUUGCAAGCAGUACCCUGAGGCUUUUCUGGGACCAACUGAGGAUAUGUGGACUUUAUAUAAACAUUUUAAUUCAAUAAUCCAACGAAACUUAAGUUGUCCCACCGAACAUUCCGUAAUAGAAUUGGAGGCUCAUUUUAUGAAAUAUAAACAAAGCUUUUCGUCGUUUCUUGCAUAUCCGCAAAAAAACGAAAAGCACAGACAACUACUGAAGAAUGGUCUAAUAGAUGGAGUAUCAAUAUCGAAGUAUUCGCGAACUGUGGCGAUUUCCAAAGAUUUAAUUGACGAAGCUCUAAUAAUAUCUGACAUGUUCAAUGUAGAUGAAAUGAUGGCACUGGAAUUACUUUGUACUGCUCAGCGGGAAAUGUUUAAACAUCCCGGAUUAUCAAGAGGAUUAGUUGCUGUUUUGCUUUACUACGAUGGUAAAAAGGCAUUGGCACAUUCUCUUCGCGAUCUCUUUCGUGUAACUAAUGGAAUUUCUUGGGAAACCGAUAUACCUAAAGAGAUAACAAGCUUGGUUUCGUCGUUUACACAGAAUUUGGUUAACCACUACAACAUUCUCGAAAGAAUCGUGAGCCUACUAGAAGAGUUAGACAUAUCGAAAGAAAUCGUGAUCUUAACAAAAAAUCGAGCCUUGGGGUCAAAAAAACACCAAAACCAAGUGCAACAACUUUACAAUGAUAUCAAGAUGUCAUUAGCAACUGCUUUAUUUUAUUGGGCAGCGCAACGUGGCCUUUCGAAAAGCAUUGUUGUUAAGCUUAUCAAAAAAAUGCCUAAAUUUGCACAAGUCCAAGCGUCAGGCACAGUUGAUGAUAUAACACUAACAGUGCUUUUUGCUAUACUAUAUGCGUGUGAUACCAGCGUUUUGCUCAAAUAUGAAGCUUCGACAACUGUCUCUCAAAAUAUUCCUAUUCUUUGUCAAGGAGACUUUUUGCAGACCGUGCAUGAAGCUUUGAUUUCAACUCAUCAGGAUGGUCUAAAUGGAACAGUAAAACUUGCAUUCGGCUUAGCAUUGACAGGUUUCCGACAUGCAUCCCAGCAAGUACCGAAUUCAGUGUCGAAAGUCAUAACCUAUGAUGAGCAACUUAUUGAUGCAGCUAUCAACAGUAAAGUGUUUGAUUUUUUAUAUUACUAUGUUUUGGAAAACAGAACUCUAUACCGGCACGAAUUCUUUUACCGUCGCGUUCAUAUGAUAAUUACCGACUUUAUUGAAUUUAUGCAUUCUAAAGUAACUGAAUUACGAGGAAAAGCUGAUGAAACCGCACGAACUGUUAUGGGAUUUUUAAAAGAAGGUUUAGAGCCACCAUUUAGUUUAGACCACAGUUUUGAAAUGCUGAUGUUAUGUAUAGCCAAGUUUUACAAAAACAAUCAAGCAGGACUUUCAUUGUGCGUAGAAUUUUGGAAACCACUUGAUUCAACGUUCAGCUCAUUGAAAACGACUACUCGUUCCGUAUCUUUGUUUAAGUUCAUUCGUUUGGCCGGAGAAUUAUUGCCAUCUACUUUGUUUGUAUCUUAUUUAAAAAUGAUAGCUGGUUUGACCAGUUGUGAACGGUCUGCGCGUAAUACUUUUAAUCUGUUAAAACAAGCUUCAGGAUUGACUGGAAGUACAACCUUAUCCUGGGAACAUUUUUUUGGGUCUCUGAUUCAAUAUUAUUCAAACUUACGACAGGAACAUUGUCUUGGUACUGAAAUAUCGUACAAAACUCACUUAAACCGCAGUAUUAACCCGCAAGAAAUAGAAGCCCUUCAAGCAGUACUCGAAGUGAUAAGAGCUGUGGCUACCUACGAUGAAUUGUCAAGAAUAGCAAUAUGCGAAAAUCCGAAUUGGGCGCCAUUACAAAUUCUUCUAGGUUUGUUGAGCUGUCCGGUGCCGCUGGCAUUAAAAGGAAAUAUCUUGCAAACAUUGUCUGCCCUAGGUAGUUCUAAGGAAACGGCAACAAUCCUUUGGAACAUUAUCGAGGCGUCUCAAAUCAUUCCAACAUUGCCUGUAAUUGGUUCUCUAAAUGCCUGCAAUAUCCAAACAGAAAUAUCACAAAAUGAAGUCCGGCUUGAAAGCUAUACUCUUUCCCAAGGAAUACUGGAUCUAAUUUUUUUCUUAUUAAAUGCUUACGUGCCUAAAAACUUAGGAGCAGAUCAUCGAAAGCCAGGGCUGCAACCUUACAUAACGUUUGUUAUUGAUGAAAUUUUCUUUAAAUUUUACGAUCGGCAAUACAAAAACCUUACGGAAAAAUGGGAAAUCGGUUUAAAAUGCUUAAAAAUAAUAAAUUAUUUAGUUCAAGCAUAUGAACCAAAAUCCAAUGAUUUUGUAGAGCAGAAUGAUCGAAGCCCUCCAUUGGGAUAUUAUAUAAUGCUGCAUCUGCAAAAAAAAUCUCAUUUCUUGAGUCUUCUGCUUCUAAUAAUUGAUGACACACGACAGAGACUUGAUGAAUACGAACAAUUUAAUGAAAGAGAAAUGCUUGAAGAAUGUGCUCUUCUUUGCCUUAAGAUAAUCGAAGAAGGAUUAAUCAAACAAAAGGAGUUUUUAAACUCUCAUGUUAUAGCAAACAGCCCAAAUAUACUUUUUGGUCUAAACAAAAUCCUUUUAGAUGUCAAUCCGCGCAGCCAAAGACCAGAUCAUCUUUUGAACAUAACGAAAUUUGUAACCUAUUGCAGUUGGCUACCUAAUCACUCACUUACUGCUAUAAAUAUACUUAAUAUGGUGUCAAGAAUGCCGAAUAUCUCAAACCAAGUAUUGGAUGUAUUUAUUUCAAACGGACAUAUAAAUGAGGAGAUUCGUCAAGGUUUUGUUGAUUGCAUGGAUAUGGAUACAAACUCAGAAACGCAUAAUUUGUAUGGCAAAUCGAACGAUAUCCAUUCUUCGUAUAAGAUCAAUCUCAAAAUCAAAACUUCAAUAAUCGAACUGCUUCGAAAUUGCAUAUCACAGCCAUAUCCAAAUAUCGGGUUUUACCUUCUUGGAUUUGAAUAUGCGAACGAUGCGGUUGAAAAACGAAAACUUGGUAUUACCGAGUCAACCAAUCACUGCCUGAAAGCAGUAAUAGCUUUAUUAGACAAUCAUUUAGAGAUGAUGAAAACUUCAAACACAUAUGAUGCCGAUUUGGAACAUAUUAUGAAAAACUCAUAUUUUCUCCUAUAUUUAUUGUGCUCAAAUACCCGCACGUCAGAGGGAGUGUUGCGCUAUUUACGUUCUUCAAAUGAUUUUAUAUGCAGGCACUUAAAGGAACUGCCAUUUAAAAAUAUCAGCUAUUCAAGCAUUUUAUAUCAGAUAAGUUACUUGUUGGAAUGCACCGCAACAGAGUUAAAACUGGCAAGUUCUUACUGUCAAAUAAGUAGAGUUCAGCAGAUUUGUGAAAUUUUAGUGGGCACUGCUACUAAUAAAACUGAAGAUCACAUUUCAAUCAAUUCGACAUUAUUUUUUUCCCAUUCAUCUCCGGUUUUAAGUGAACAUUUCAUUAAAUCAAAGUCGGAAAAAGUGCCCAACUUUUUGCUUAGUAACAUUAUGGACUGGCUGGUGUUUGAGACAAGAGAUGUAAAUAAUCCUAAAUGGGAUUUUUUUGAUAUAUCUCUAUCGAAGCAGAUAUUUGAAGAGUGUGAAUCAAGCACUGAGGAAGGUCACUCGUUAAUUAAUAUACAAAAACUACACAAAAUACUUCAUGAUGAGUUAUGUAAUGUGCAGGGCACUGUGGCUGGUGGACAGCGGAAACUAAUAUUGCAAGAAAUUGAAUCCAUAUUGAUGUAUGCCCUUAAAAUAAAUGAAACAAGGAAUAGAACUAUGGGAACAAUAAAAGUAAUGGACGCCUGGGCACAGGUUACUGAAAUCUUAUUUAUUUACGCCUCAGAAAAUACUUUGCCAUGUUCUGUAAAACAAGAACUAUUAUUCGAAAUAUUACAAAAACUUCUCAACAAAGCAAUAUCCAUUCAACCUUCUUUAGAUAUAUCCAUUUUAGCAUCAGAAGCAAUUUUUAUACUUAUUGUCUGCCUAAGACAAUGUUUUUCGCAGAAAACGGAAAGUCCAGGAAUGGAUAAAAAUAAAACAUCAUAUUUUGAUAAUAUGAAAAUAAUAAGCUCUCACUCAAAUAUCUUAAAUUUAAAAUCAAUAUUAAAACGUCUUUUGGAGUGGAUUGUUAUCAGCAAUGUGAAGUCGCAAAAGUUGCGAAUCAAUUUGUAUGCUGCAGUAUUGACCUGCUUACGAAUGUUAAAUGGGCACCUCUUGGAGUCGUAUCGCAAUGAUGAGUCAUUUGUAUCUCGCUUGGAUAAAGAACUGGCAUCUAUGAAUUCAACAGGCGUACAAGUUCCGACCGAACUAUUUUCUACCUUUGGAGACAAAUUAAUUGAUAUAAUGUGCCAGGAUUGCGUUAUCGGUCACGACAUAUGUAAAAUGCUCGCGAUGUCGUGCUUUGUUUCAGCACUGGAGUUUAACACUAUUCCUAGCGUUAUGCAAUUGUUUGCUAAUCGCGGUUAUUUGGCAAAUGUGAUCGAAAACCUAGAACAAUCAGAUCAAGAUUUAUGCCUUGUAGUAAGCGAUUCUGUUAAAAAUAUUAAAGCAAUAUAUGUAUACGAAUCGCAUAUGGCACUGUUGCUCCGAUUUGCUAAUUGUUCCAUGGGUGCGGAAAUGUUACUUUCGGCUAAACUAUUAAGUGUUCUGUCGAAAAUGAAAGUGUUUAAUAUGCAUCCGGAUUUCCAGGGACUCCUUCGCAGCCAAAAAGAAGCACAUGCAUUUCUUCCCGCAGUGGAUAACCGGUUUCGCCAAAUAUUUUUCCCCGCUCUACAACUAUGUAACGCUCUUAUAACAACUCUUGGAAUGAAUAAUCAAUCAGCAAUUUCACAAACAGCAAAUUUUUUGUUUUCUCAUUUUGAAAUCAUCGAGUUUAUAUUACGAACCGGAAUAUCUCAGAGAGAUUUGGGUAUUUUGCAUGAACUCUCCGCUGUUACCAGUUUAAUUAGUCGUAUUAUGAGAAAGGAAAUAUGCAUGCCUGAUGAUUUAUCAAAUCAAAACAAUAUCUACAUUCAUAAAAUUAACAGAUAUAUGCUUCAUAUAUUUUGUUAUUUUGUGUUAAAUAAUGAUAUUUUGAAAAGAAAUACAAAACCUGAUGCUCAAAUUUAUGAAAUUUCUGAACCUAAUAGCUUGUAUAUUAAACAUUUCGUUGAUAUUACCGCGAACGUCACAAUUUUCUUUCGUUUUAAACUUACAAAUGCAAUGAAUUUAAGCGAUAUUCUAUUCACUCCAAAAAGAAGCACAUCAUUCAAAAGAAUGGAGAAACUGGAAAAAAAUGUGAACGAAUCACUUGAUUUCUCAACCGUCCUAAAUCAUUUACAAGGUUCGGUAGAAUAUCUCGAUAUGCAAAAACGAGUUACUGGCAAUAAAGUCUCACAGAAAUCAUACAUAGCGGACGCAAGUAUUAAUAAUUCUGGUCGUCCUUCGUGCAUCGAAUGGGUUCAGCAACACGACAAUAGACAAAAAGAGUUUUCGCUAUACAUAUUCAUCAUAGAACAGACCUUGUAUUUAUUAUGGCUGCACUUAGAUUUUUACGUGAGAUCUUCGUCGGGUACAGCUGGCAAGUGUUUUACGCCUGCUUUCGAAGAAUACCUUCCGCACGCUUUAUCCAUGGAAGACAUCGGUUUAUUGAAACAAAAUCUAAUAUCGGUGUUUAACGAAACAUUUUCCAGCUCUCUUUCAUCGGCUUCUGAAUCAGACUCGGAGAACUAUUUCAACUGUUCUUUAGUUCGUCGGAUAAAGUCGUUAAUCCAGCUUCUGCCGGGUGUUUAAAUUACAAUGAUAAAGUGAAUAUUAUUAAAUAAAAGACUUUGAAAACUAAA